GAUAUGGAGAGGGCGGGGAAUGUGUGCAGAAGUUUAUACGUGCUGGCUUACCAUCCCAAUGGAAGCUUUGGCAUUGUCUCGUUGUCAGAAACAGACUGUCCACUAUUCUUGUCGGAAAUUUUGAAAUUGGUGAAUUACAGUUCGGGCUUGGUUCAGGUACUGCCAAAUCUAAAUAUGCGCUUAUGAGAAGUGAGACAGAUUUGAGAAGCCAUCAUACUCAACAAGUAGUUCAACAUUUGGGCAAAUAAAAGAGCAUUUGUAGAAAAGUUAAGAGCGCGUUGCAGGUGGUGCUGUGCUCCGAUCUGAAUGUCAUGAGUUGUUGAGCAGUGCCAGCGGUCAUGGCAGAACUGGAGGUGGAUCAGUCCAACCUGCCCAGAGUCCAGGAGGUGUGCCAGUGUUUUGCUGUACUGGAGGAUGAAGCUCUAGCACAUAACCUACAGGAGCAAGAGAUUGAGCAGUACUACACCUCUAAUGUCCAGAGAAAUCAACUGGUACAGAAGGACAUACGUGUAGCCAAGAGACUGCAGGAUGAGGAGCAGCAAAGAGCUCAGAUACUUCAGCGCCAGACCACUCGACAGCUGGAGGAGCGGGACUCGGAGUAUGCACGCAUGAUUCAGGAGGAGAUCCAGCAUUGUGCGGAGGAGGCUCUCAGGAGGGAAGUGGAGGACGAGGUAAUAGCAAAAAGGAUACAGGAAGAGGAAGAGCUGUGUGCAAGACACAGUGGAAGUUACCAAAAUAAAGAUGUUCUAGAAUCCUCAAGUGUUCCUGCACCACCAUACUCACCUCGUCCUGUUUACACUCUUCACACUGAGCAUCAAUACAUCCACCAGCCUCCAAUCAGAAGAUGGCAGCACUCCCACUCGCCCAUCUACUCAGACUCUGAGGAGGACCUAAUUGAACACAGUAGGCCUACAGUUGUAACCAGUAGGAGCCGAAUGUACCGAGACUGCAGACCCAGUGUAGGACAGCAGAAAAAGCUGGUCAGCUCCAGUAGACCUUCAAGAGCUCAUUUAGAACAAGACAAUAGGAGCACAACGAGCCAAAGCAGCACUGUAAGCAGGGCUUCACACCUGUCAGGUGGAUGGGGUGAUGUCAUCAGGCUCAUUAAAAACGACUUGAGCGAGCAAGGCUACCUCAGCCACAGUUCUGAGGAUGAACUCUUUGAACCGGUCUAUAAGCUGGAGAAAAUACUGAGACAAAAGCAGCAAGUCUCAGAUCAGCGUCGGCUGAGUCGCCACAGCAGCGUGAGAGAAAAUAGUAGCAGAACAUGGCAGGGAGAAGGUUGUAGUCAUAGGGUGAGUUUUAGGGACAGGGACCAAGAAAGACGUGUUCAUUUCCUGGACGAAAGGAGGCGACCCAACAGUUACCAUGGCAACGGAUAUAGGUCAAAUGAAAAUGGUCACAAUGAUGCUAUGGAGAGAGAAGCAGGGAUACUAAGGGACAAUCAUACUCAUCCUACUUUGUUGGAUGGCCAACAUCGGACUCAAUCUCAUGGUUUUCAACGUAACAUUUCAGUGCGGCGUAGUUACCAUGGUGAUGUCAGGCUAAGCAGGAGGACAUCGGUGCAACAAGGAACCAGAACAAGCAGACACAAUGAAUCUGACUUUGUUAAUAGGGUGAGGCUCUCAAAUGAUGCUCCUUCACUGGAGUCUAGAGCAGGACAGUUGAUGGAGGAGGAAGGUCUAGGCCAUUUUAGAGAUGAAGUCAGAGGCAGAAACCAGAGGCAGAGAUCUCACACAUUGGCAGAGGAGGAAAGGAGGAUAGAAAGGGACCGCAGGCAUUACCGUGGGGAACAUAGAGUGAGGCGAAGCCAAAGUGAGCGCUGGCAGAUCUUUGAGGAAGAGAGAUUGAGCACAGAGGAGCAGGAGUUGGAGAGGGAGAGCAGAAAGGAGGAGAGAUGGAUGGAGAGACCAUGCAACCUCUCUCAGUAUUGCAGUGGCUGCUUUCCCAGAGAAGGACCUGCUAUUAGGAGUGGAAUGGCUGCUCUUGACUUGGGGGAGAUUGAGCAAGUGCUCUUGGAUGAGGAGCUGGCCCGCAGGCUUCAGGAAGAAGAGGAGAGUUUGGCCGGAGAGACUCCACAGGGUGCCUCUCCUCUUAAAAAGGUCUGUCCAGUAGGAGACUUCAAAGUGGCACAGGUCGCUCAAGAUGAGGAAAUUGCACGUUUUAUGCAGAAACAGGAAGUGAAGGCUAAGCGAAGGUCUCGUGAGCUGGACCUUGCUGAACCUGGACAAGAAUACAGGGCAAAUGUGAAUGACAGGAGAGCAGUAUGUGAGAGACAGAUACAGAGGCAAUGGCAGGACUCUGAGGGUCUUCAAUCCCCAGUUGAUGACUUCACACAAGAUUAUCAGCUUCUUAGCCCCAUUUCCAUGGCAGCGCCACAGCAACCCAUCAGGAAUGUUGCAGAGGAACUAGACCCCACCUUUCAAAGAAAGGGCACCACUGAAACAGGGCUGACCAUUAACGGUCCCUGUCAAAAUCCAACUUCCCAACAAGUUGGUUUGUUAAACCCCAUGGAGGAACCUACUUUUGUGCCACCCACGAAACGACAGAGUGACAAAUUGGGUCGAGUAAAGACCAAGGAGAAGGAGAAUGCGAAACAGAAAGAGAAUUGCAAGCAGCAGUGAUGCUUGACAUCUCAAUGAGUACAAUGAACUGCAACAAUGAAUUAAUAUUCAUAAAAGAUAGAAGGUAAAUAUUCUUAUCCCAUUCUUAUUUGGGGCUUUCCACUCUUCUGCUUUCUCCAGCAGUUGUGGGAAUUCUGUUGCAAUCAACCAAGUGAGCUUAACUCAUAAGCAAAACAGGGACAGUCCAUCCAAAUAAUACAACUAUUUACAAUUAAUGCAGCUAUUUAGCAGUAUUGCUGAACUUCUGUUCAGUGUCUUGCUUGUUUUGGUUUUAGCAGCUCUUUAUGGGCUGGUACAUCACCACAGACGGAAAGCUCCCACUAGUACUUCAUGACAUUACGCAAUGGACUUUUUGGCAUCCCAAAAUUAUACUAUUCACUGAUUUGAGUUGGCGUGUGGUUCUGUGAACCUCUCUGGAGUUUUUCUUGGGUUUUUCUUUUUUUUUUUCUGUGAAAGUUUGAUUUUUGAAGAUUGAGCAAGCGUUCUUUUAUAAGCAUCCUUACUUGUACAGUUUAAUACGCUGUAUUGCACGACCAGUUUCUCACUUGGGCCCUUAGUGUUGCAAUUCUCAAAUUUCUAUUUGUCUCUUCAUUAUUACCAAAUAUUCAUUAUAACAUUUGUAACAGAGCCCACGGAACUGCCAUUUUGCAAAAACAAGUCAUAUAUUCACAUAGGAAAGAAAAACAGUUUAAUGUUCUUAAUAUUUAGUGGUUUCUCAGAGGGAGAGAGAGAGUUCAGGCUUGAGACAUCCAGUAUAUAUUAUAUGUAUAUUAUAUACAGUAGCAGUUAUGAAAGGCUGGAGGAAAGAAAACUAUCACAUUUUUAUGUAGACACUGAGUGUCCAUGGUAUCCAGUACUGUUAUGGCAACACAAUGUAAAUAAUGUGUUAAGAGUCAAUGUGCCUUCAUUAAUUUAUAAGUUUCACAAACUGAUUUGUACAGAAGACACAAAUUAUAUAUAUAUAUAAUAUGCAUAUCUAUCUUGAUGUGUAUAAUCACUACCAAUAAAUAUUUUUUACAUUUA